CCUGGUCUUAUGACUUCAGCUGAAGCGGCGAGUCCUGGCUUCUGCGGUGCCUCGGUCGGUGGUCGCCAGUGCUUUCGCUUUCCCAGGGCUUGCGAGGGUAUUCGUUGGAGCUGUCGGUCCGGUCGUCACCUGUCCUGAGGGAUCACGAUGCGUCUCCUUUCUCUGGUUACGGGCUCGGAGCUCGUUCUGCUCGUUCUGUUCCUGGGAGCUGUUCAGUCCAAUGCAUUGAAGCUUAACUUGACAGAUUCAAAGGGUACUUGCCUUUAUGCUGAAUGGGAGAUGAAUUUUACUGUAACCUAUAAAGCUGCAGACCAAACCAAUAAAACUGUAAACAUUGCAGUACCUGACAAGGUGACACACAAUGGAAGCAGUUGUGGGGAUGACCGUAAUGUUGCCAAAAUAAUGAUACAGCUUGGAUCCACUGUGUCCUGGGCUGUGAAUUUUACCAAAGAAUCAUCUCAGUAUACUAUUCAAGACAUCGAGAUUUCCUACAACACUAGUGAUAACACCACAUUUCCUGGUGCUGUAGAUAAAGGAGUUUUUACUGUUAAAGAUCCUGUGAAAUUUGAAGUGCCAAUGGAUGUCAUCUUUAAGUGCAAUAGUGUUUUAACUUUCAAGCUGACUCCGGUUGUUCAGCACUAUUGGGGUAUUCACCUGCAAGCUUUUGUCCAGAAUGGUACAGUGAGUAAAAAUGAAAAAGUGUGUGAGGAAGACCAAACUGUCACCACUGUAGCACCUGUCAUUCACACCACCGUGCCAUCGCCUCCGACCACACUCACUCCAACGUCAACACCCAUCCCACCUCCAACAGUUGGAAACUACAGCAUUCAUAACGGGAAUACCACCUGCCUGCUGGCUACUAUGGGGCUGCAGCUGAACAUUACUGAGGAGAAGGUGCCUUUCAUUUUUAACAUCAACCCUGCCACAACCAACUUCUCCGGCAGCUGCCAUCCUCAAACUGCUCAACUUAGGCUGAACAACAGCCAAAUUAAGUAUCUGGACUUUAUCUUUGCUGUGAAAAAUGAAAAACGAUUCUAUCUGAAGGAAGUGAAUAUCAACAUGUAUUUGGCUAAUGGUUCAGCUUUCAAUAUUUCAAAUAACAACCUUAGCUUCUGGGAUGCCCCUCUGGGAAGUUCUUAUAUGUGCAACAAAGAGCAGGUGGUUUCCGUGUCUAGAACUUUUCAGAUAAAUACCUUUAACCUAAAGGUGCAACCUUUUAAUGUGACAAAAGGAGAGUAUUCUACAGCCCAGGAGUGUUCGCUGGAUGAUGACACCAUUCUAAUACCAAUUAUAGUUGGUGCUGGUCUUUCAGGCUUGAUUAUCGUUAUAGUGAUUGCUUACCUAAUUGGCAGAAGAAAGACCUAUGCUGGAUAUCAAACUCUGUAACACUAAUCCACAUGUGAUCUCUGUUACAAAACAAUAAAGCAAGUACAAGUUCUCGCAUGCAAUACUGUUGAAGGUACAUUUAGUUAUAGUCCUGCUCUUAGAUUGGGUGGUAUGGUAGAUCUCAAAUUAAAACAAAAGAAUUCCAAAUACUAUCAACUACAAAUGAAUCAUAUGAUUUUGGUUUUCCUGACUAAGGAGUUUAUAACUACUAUAGCAAAAGGCAUGUACAAAAUUAUCUGGUUUUAUUUCACUGUCUGGAAUUUCUGAUGAGAAUGUCCAGUGUAGGAAAAAGAGCAGGUUUCUUCUGCUUGCAUGAGGUUGACUUUGGCCAUCAUGAUCUCCACUGGAUUUGUACUUGCUCCUUUUGCAUCGCUUGUGACUUUUCUUUGCAGGUUGACUUAGCUACUUCGGCCUUGCUCCAUAUUUCACCUUUGAAAAAGGUAUCAGUAGAUUUGAGCAGAGCCCAGAAGUAUCAUGCUCUUGCCAGUAAAAUUCUUUUCCCACAUUUUUUGAAUACAUUUGUAUUUAAUGUGGCCAAAAUGACAAAAACACAAAAGUUCUACAUUUUAGAAUAGAUGUUAUCUUUUUAUUUAAUCUUUUAAAAAACUGGAUGUUUCAAUGUUUUAAAUUGCAAGACACAAGGCAAUUCCAACUGGGCAUUUCAAUCUGGUUUUAGGUGCUUUAGAGAUAAUUGCUAGGUAGUGCCAAAUGAGGGCAUUAGUGCUCAGUACCCAGAAAUUGGCCUCUACAUGCAGCACUAAGAUUAAUGCAGAUUUCUCUUGAACCUUCCAGUCUUCCUUGUUGGUGGUAAUGUGCUUUGCUCUUUCCUUUUUUCUUGUCAAGAAGAAAUGUUAGUAUGUCUUAGAACCUAGAUAACGAAGUGCACUUACGCUCAUAAAAUUGCUUGCACCUAACCCCAAAGUCAUGGUCUUGCCUUAGUCCAUUAACAUGGUCUUCAUUUCCAGUUUGCAUUGACUGCUACAGCAUUUACUAAUUUGGCUUUUAUGUUUAAAUGGUUCUGUGAUAAUCUAAAUUUAAAUAGUUACUGUUCAUUGUGGUACUUUUCUAUUCAAUUCUGUACUCAGAGAUGGCACCAAUUGUUCAUUUACUAUGCACCACCUACUGCUUAUAUAAGAGCUAAUUAUUUCAGCCUGAUACUUAACACAUCAUGUAUUCCUUGCAGCUUCUAGGACAUCUUCCAUACAUGUAUGCUUACAUGUGUACAUACUGGUAUGGCGCAGCAAAUAGUUCUUAAGAUCUGCAGCCAUAUAUAGAAGGGUCUUGUUAUUUGGGAAGGGCAGAUUAAAUGCCUUUCAUUUACAAGAAAAUUAAGAGCCAUCUGGGUUCCAAAAUGCUGAUGUUGAAUACAUGAUAUAUAUGCACACAUAUAGGCACUUGCAUGUUAGCACGUUUGUUUGUGACUGUCUUUUGAGUUAUAUAGGAGUGACAGAGAUUGUGUCACUUUAACUUGCUGUCUACUUAGCCUGAAAACCUUACUAGUUCAGAGUCAUGUUCCUGACCCUCUUCUAGAGCAACAGGGAACUGCAUGGCCAACUUAAAACCCUUGUUAUAAAUGAACCAGAAACCUGAUUUUUAAAAUACAUUUUCAUUUCAACUGUGUUUUUGCAUAAGCUUGUUAAUCCUAAAAGAAUGGAUUUGUUUUUAAGAACGUAGGUCUUCUGUAUUUGUCAUGAAUCAAGCAAACAGCUUUUAAAAAAGAUUAAUUGGAACAAGUGGGUGGCACUGGCUUAAUGCUGUUAAUGUUUCUAAACGAUUUUACAUUUAGAUUAUAUAUCGGAUUCAUAUUAAGAUACCUCCAAAGCACUGUUUUAUAGAAAGAUCUGACUUCAAUAAAUAUUUUUGUAUUUUACAUGGGCCAGUUUAUGUACCGCUAUUUACACUAUUAUUUCCUAUAGACAAUACACACUAUCUUUGUAGUUUUUGUAUUUUUGUUUAGUUUUACUGGUUUUGCUUCUUGAUGGUAGGACUCUAUUUGGUUUGGGAUGUUUCCCACACUUUAGAAUUUGUAUAAGAAACUGGUCCAUGUAAGUACUUUCCAUGUUUUCUCUUCAAAUGUUUAAAGUGCUAGUUGAUGUACGAUAUCUCUUCUCAGAUAUUUGCCUGUCUGUUUGCCCAACAUUGCUUCUAAAUCAAUAAAGAUUCUUUUAUUUCUUAAGGAAA